CCUUUAUUAGAUAGACAGUGAUUAAGGAGACGACAGGAAGGUAUAGGGUGGAGAGAGGGGUAUGGGAUUGGCAAAGGACCUCGAGCCGGGAUUCGAACUCGGGUCGCCAGAAGUGCGUCUGCACCAUGUGUCGGAGCACUGUCCACUACACCAUCGGCUCCGACACGUGCAAUUUUCUUUUGUCACUCUACUACGUGAACAUGUACGUCAGCAUCUUCACCAUGACAACCGUGAGCGUCGUGCGCUACGUGGCCAUCGCGUAUCCAUUGAAGGCGCGCGAUGCAUUCUCCUGCAAGCGCGCGCUCGUGGUGUGCGCUAUCAUAUGGCUGGUCAUUGGAGGUUUUAGCCCCGUUUACUUUCUCAAAGACUCUAAUAAUGACAAAGCUAUGUGUUUUCAGCGAGUUAAAGAAACGCUGUCGUUGCAUUUUAUAGUUUUGUUGACUGUAGUCGGGUUCCUCCUGCCGCUCCUCAUCAUGUUGUAUUGCUCCAUCAAAGUAAUUUAUACUUUAAGAAAGCAGUUAGAUGUUGGGUUCCGUUCAGAAAAGAUUCAAUGCAUAUUCAUAAUCGCUGCCAAUUUGAUUGUUUUUGUCAUUUGUUUUCUUCCCGUCAAUUAUGGGUUUGUGUUUAAGUACAUUGCGCAGGCGCAAGAGUUCAAUUGCGACGUGCAGUUGCUUGCGCACAACUUCGUGCACGGCGCCAUGUGCCUUUCCACCAUGAACUGCUGUCUGGAUUGCUUUAGUUAUUAUUUUGCAACCAAUACAAGGUGGAAUUUAUGUGGCAUAAAUCAAAGAAACGAAGAAUAUGAAUAAAAUUGUAAAGUAUGUCAAAUGUUAAUUCAGUUAUAUUUCUUUAGCACUUUUCACAAUUGUACUAUUCUAGAAUAAUGUCCACGAUGUGAUUUUGAAUUUGAUGAAACUGUAUGUUGGUGAAACUUAAGUCAACUUUAAAGCAGCUAAGCUGUACAGUAGGCCUU